AUGAAUAACGGUGCUAAGACUGACCUAGGAGGCUCUCUAAAUAAAAUGGCUACGACACCCAAACCAGAAGGACUCCAGGCACAGGAAGGCCGAAAUUUGCCCACCGAUGUCGACGGCAAUCUCCCUUCAUACACACAGAAUCCCUCGAAAGACGAUCAACUGCCCCCAGAAACACUUCUCCUUGCUGGCGACGCUAUACAUGGAACAUCUACGCCAGUCUCUUGCUCUACUCCUCUAUACAAACUCUCCCUUGAUAUUAGCUUUUUACGCAAGAACAACACGAAAGUUGAGCUGUCUCGCUUCGAGAAUCGCAUUCACAAUCGCAAUACCGCGGGCUCCCCGGAAGUGAGCGCCCGAGAAAGGCAUAUUUUUAACUUAACCCGGCCUCCAACCGUUACUACACCAUUGUUUGAAUAUCAUCUGGAGCCUGCCUCCCAUGGAAGUUUAGGCCAUAUCGGGUUGAAAAGAUAUCACCACAUUCUCUCUUCAGGAUAUCAGGCUUGGAAGGCUACAAUACCCUGCCCCGGCGCUGACCUGGAAGCUAAAGAUAUCGUUUUUACUGCGAAAACACAUGGUAAAGGACGGCUCGAAUGGCACGAGGCUGGAAAUGGGGCUCCCCUUUUAGCAUAUGACACGAUUGACGAUGGUAUUUUUCGUUUGGACAUAGUUAAAAGCAUGCCUCAGAACCAACGGGAUGCCCUAGUUGGGGUCUGGUGUUUACGGAUCUGGAGAGAAAUUGCUAAUUCCAACAUAGAGCCAGUGGGCUGGGACGGAGGUAUGUAA